AUGAACCAAAUAGGUUCGUUUGUCCCAUGUGCCUCUGCCAAGCUUCCAAUAUUUAAGCAUGUCCUUUGCCGUAUUGGAGCUUCGGAUAUUCAGGCUCGCGGGGUCUCUACAUUUUUAGCAGAGAUGGUAGAGUCUGCCGCUAUUUUGCGUAUCGCCAAUGAGCAUUCACUUGUCAUAAUCGACGAACUUGGGAGAGGAACUUCCACUCACGAUGGAUUUGGACUUGCCUGGGCCAUUGUCGUAGACUUGAUUCAGAGAGCCAAAUGUUUUUGUCUCUGUGCCACUCACUUCCACGAAAUGGGCCACUUGGCAGACGAAUACAAGGGCGUUGUGAACAAGCAUCUCACUUCUCAAUUCUUUGAGGACCAAAAUGAGAUGACAUUCCUCUACAAAAUCAGUGACGGUGUAUCCAAAAAGUCAUUUGGAAUAAAUGUCGCCAUGAUUGCCAACUUUCCCAAGGACGUUGUAGAGAAUGCAAGGAUAAAAUUGGAGAAACUGGAAGGAUGCUCAAGGUCAGGAAUCUCACCAGAGCUGCAAGAGUUGUUUAAAUCACAGACCUUUGAGGAGUUUACCUCGAAAAUACCCAUCCUAUUGGGAUCAUAG